UUCCUCGCUGCCGACGUCACUUCCAGGUGUCACUAGGCUGCUUGGUGCGGCGCUGGGGAGCAGAGCCGCCGGGAAGAUGUGAACCAGGCCAGCGCUCAAGACCCGUCACAACAAUACCGAUAAUACAGCCUAUCUGUUCGACACUGAGCGCGCCGACGGACGUACGGUACGGCACGGGAGUCUACACGGACAGCACGUUGAUACGCGGCGUUGUAUCUCCCGUUUCAGCGGAGUAGCGGAGCGCACCGCCCGGAGCAGCCAUCUUUAGUGGGAGAAUGGACGGGGGGGCGACGCGGCGGGCCUGGUCGGGCUGCGGCCGGAGCCUGAGCCGCGGGGGGCCGGGGACGCUGCUCACGCCUCUGCUGGUGCUCUUCUCCGUGGUCGGUCUCCUCUCCGGGACUCCCCGGCUGUCGGACGUGAAAGACUGCGACAAACCCUGCGUGAACGGCCGGUGCAACACGGCCACUGGCGGCUGUGUGUGCCUUGCCGGCUGGGUGGGGGAGCAGUGCCAGCACUGCGGUGGUCGCUUCAGGUUGACCGGACCUUCUGGGUACCUGACGGACGGACCCGGGAACUACAAAUACAAGACCAAGUGCACCUGGCUGAUCGAGGGACAGCCCAACACCAUCCUCCGACUGAGGUUCAACCACUUUGCCACUGAGUGCAGCUGGGACCACCUCUACGUGUACGAUGGGGACUCCAUCUACGCCCCCCUGCUGGCCGCCUUCAGCGGUCUGAUCAUCCCGGAGCGCUAUGGCAACGAGACCACCCCGGAGGUGGCCUCCGUCUCUGGCUACGCCCUGCUGCACUUCUUCAGCGACGCCGCCUACAACCUGACCGGCUUCAACAUCUCCUACAGGGUGAACUCCUGCCCUAACGACUGUUCGGGGCGUGGCGAGUGUCGCCCCGGUAACGGGACGGGCUUGGCGGUGCGGUGCGAGUGCGAGGACCAGUGGAAGGGGGAGGCGUGCCAGGUGCCCUACUGCCAGGCCGACUGUGGCUACCCAGAGAGGGGCUACUGCCAGACCAGCAACAAGGCCUGCUCCUGCUAUCCCGGCUGGCAAGGUCCCGGCUGCUCCGUGUCGGUGCCGGCCAACGCCUCCUACUGGCGGCGGGAGGAGUUCGAGGAGGCGGGGCUGGCGCGGGCCUCCCACCGGGCGCUGGUCCACCAGGGGGUGAUGUGGGUCAUCGGGGGCUACGUCUUCAACACCUCCGACUACCAGAUGGUCAAAGCGUACGUAUCCCACGGCAACCAACGGGAUUCAGAGGGGACCGGGGAGGUGUGGGGAGGGGUGACUAGGAGGGUUUGGGGUGACCAUGGGUGUCUAGGUAGGUCUAUAUACGGGGUCUGGGAGGGUUAGGGGUGACCAUGGGUA